GGGGCGGGGGAGCCGUGCCGCCGCCGCCGCCUCCUGCUCUCCUCUUCUUCCUCCCGCAGCCGCCCCUGCCCGUCGAGGCAGCGCUCCCAGGCUCCCCCGGGGCGCUCGGCAUGAGGAGGAUCAGGGCUAAUGCCAUCGCCAUCCUGACCGUCGCCUGGAUCUUGGGCACUUUCUACUACUUAUGGCAGGACAACAAGCCCCGCUCGGCGGCUGCCGGCAGGUCCGCCGGAGGCGGUAGCGGCAGCGCCCGGAGCGGGCAGAGGGCGGCCGGCAGGCUGGAGCUGCGCCGGGAGGAGAGGACCAUCCCCCUGAUCAUGACGAGGGCUCCGCCGGGAGAGAAGAGCGGCCGGCGGGGUUUUGACGAGAAGGCUUACUUGUCCUCCAAGGUGCUGAGGGCUGGAGAGGACCCCUACCGGCAGCACGCUUUUAACCAGCUGGAGAGCGACAAACUCAGCCCCGACCGGCCCAUCCGGGACACCAGGCACUACAGGUGCACUUCUGUACGCUAUGACACUGACUUGCCAGCCACCAGCGUCAUCAUCACCUUCCACAACGAGGCGCGAUCCACGCUGCUCCGCACGGUGAAGAGUGUUCUGAACCGCAGCCCUCCCAGUCUCAUCCAGGAGAUCAUUUUGGUAGAUGACUUCAGCUCAGAUCCUGAGGAUUGCCAGCUCCUUACCAAGAUCCCAAAGGUCAAGUGUCUACGAAACACCCAUCGAGAAGGGCUGAUUCGCUCUCGGGUGCGAGGAGCUGAAGUGGCGGCUGCUGACAUCCUCACCUUCUUGGACAGUCACUGUGAGGUCAACAGUGAGUGGCUGCAGCCAAUGCUUCAGAGAGUGAAGGAGGAUUAUACCCGAGUGGUGAGUCCAAUCAUUGAUGUUAUCAGCCUGGAUAAUUUUGCCUACCUGGCAGCAUCAGCAGAUUUGAGGGGAGGGUUUGACUGGAGCCUUCACUUUAAGUGGGAACAGAUUCCUAUAGAGCAGAAGAUGUCCAGAACAGACCCAACUCAGUCUAUAAGAACCCCUGUCAUAGCAGGAGGCAUCUUUGUGAUUGACAAGUCCUGGUUUAACCACCUGGGAAAAUAUGAUACUCAAAUGGACAUCUGGGGAGGAGAAAAUUUUGAGCUCUCUUUCCGAGUGUGGAUGUGUGGUGGCAGCCUGGAGAUUGUUCCCUGCAGUCGAGUGGGACACGUGUUCAGGAAGCGCCAUCCCUAUGACUUCCCUGAGGGCAACGCGCUGACUUACAUCAAGAACACCAAGCGCACAGCGGAGGUGUGGAUGGAUGAGUACAAGCAGUACUACUACGAGGCCCGGCCCUCGGCCAUCGGCAAGGCCUUUGGAAGCGUUGCAGACCGAGUGGAGUUGCGACACAAACUGAACUGUAAAUCCUUCCAGUGGUAUCUGGAGAACGUCUACCCUGAGCUCAAGAUUCCUGAAAAAGAGUUGAUUCCAGGAAUAAUUAGACAAGGAAGAAACUGUCUGGAGUCUCAGGCACAGGAUACCACAGGGACUGUGUUGGCUGGCAUGGGAAACUGUAAAGGGUCUGUGAACAAUCCACCUGUCUCUCAGGAGUGGAUAUUCAGUGACUCUUUAAUUAGACAGCAGGACAAGUGUCUUUCCAUUGCCUCCUUCUCUACUGGCUCUCAAGUCACACUGGAAGCUUGCAGUCAAAAAGAUGGCAGACAGAAGUGGAAGAUGAAAGGCAGUUUCAUUCAACACUUUGUCAGCGGUCUCUGCCUGGAAAACCAGACUGGAAGAGUGGUGACCAGCCCCUGCCAAGCAGGUGUACCUGGCCAACAGUGGGAGCUGCUGCAAGCAACAUGAUGGUCCUGCCUCCUUGCUCCCUGCUCCCACUGUGUGUGUGCAGCUUUCUUGCAGUUCCUCCUUCAUAACCACUCUGGGACCAGGACCCAGCUCCUCUACAAGCAAUGCUCCUGACUGCUGCAGACCACAGAAGCUCUGCUUGUUUCCAGUCCCCAAGCUCUGGGCCAGCACAGUGGCUGCUGCCCUUGGCUGUGUGUUUGGCCCCCGUGCUGGAGGCUGCUGACUGCUCCUGGGGCACACACACCUGGACUGGCUGUGUUGGUUUAUUUGUGCCUCUUUCCUGCUGCUCUCCUGGCAGAGUGUGAACUGGCAUCCUUCUGGGCUGUAAGCUGGGGCUGCUGAGGAUGGGACACUCCUUCUUCAGGUGCUGUGGCCUGGGGGAGGAAAGGGCAAAGGUGGACAUAGGCUAAAUGUUAGUAACUCAAUUUGCUUGUGGAGUUUGGAGUUUCAUUUUUUAAUUCUACUUGGUUUUGGACUUGUUCACCUGAGGUCACCUCCCAACCGCUCACUCUUCUGUCAGCUAAAGCAUUGCUUUAGCUCAACUCAGACCUCCCCACACAUCAUCUUUUGGAAGCUGUUGGGUUCCAACGUGUUUUAGCAGUUGCUGAAAAGGAAGUACAUUACAAAAGGCUGCUGUCAAGUGUGGGCAAACUGAACUUAUUCUUGGAAUAAACAAAGUCUUGUUCAAACUUAUUAUUAGCAUGCUCUACACUUCCCUUGCACUGAAGGGAAGGAAGAACAGUGUUAUCUCUAUUUUUUCCCCAAGGUCCAUCCAGUGCCAUGUUUUGUAACAGGUGUCUGUUAGGAUUUCUUCAAGAAAACUGACUAUAUGUAACAGUCAGACCAAGCAGCUGCUCAUUCUUGUUUUCCUGUUUAUUUUAAACUGCCCCCUAGACUGUCAAGACAGAGAAUUUGCAUUGGUAAUACCCUUAAAGAAAGCUGUUACUGUAUCAGAGCAUCCCCUGUAAUUUCCUGUGCUGUGAACCAAUGGGAGUUUAUUUAAGAGGAGCUGAAUCUACUGUUGUACAGAAAUUGGAUUCAAAAGGUUUAUUUUUCCCACUCAUUUGUAAGUUGCACUUUGCCAGAUGUAAUUUAUGUGGAAUCCAGAUUAGUUUUCCUUUCUCUUCAAAAAAAAGCAUGUGCCAGAAUCUGUUUAAUGCCUGGAAUAAAAUCCAUUUUGAAAUAA